AUGGCUCUCCGCGCGGCGUCCCGUUUCAUCUGCCCCUCCAAGAUCGCGACCCCCGCUCUAACCCUCCGCCCGCUCCCCGUCAUCGCCCGCCAGUCGAGGUUGCUCAGCACUACCGCCGUCACCAGAAUGGCUGCCCCAUCCAACGCCGCUCCCUUCUACCAGGGCGAGCCCGAGGCGCCGGUCGUCAAGACCGACAUUCCCGGGCCCCAGUCGAAGAAGGAGAUUGAACAGCUGAACGAGGUCUUUGAUACUCGUGCCUUGUCUUUGUUGACGGAUUACGACAAGUCUUUUGGCAAUUUCAUUGCUGAUCGUGAUGGAAACUUGCUUUUGGACGUAUACGCCCAGAUUGCCUCGAUUCCCGUCGGCUACAACAACCCUGCCCUCAUCAAGGCCGCCCAGUCCCACGAGGCGAUCAACGGUCUCGUCAACCGCCCCGCCCUCGGUACCUUCCCCCCGCACGACUGGGCCCACAUCCUCAAGACGGGCAUCCUCAAGGUGGCCCCCAAGGGGCUCAACCAAGUCUUCACCGCCAUGGCGGGCUCCGACGCCAACGAGACUGCCUACAAGGCCGCCUUCAUGUGGCGCCGCGCCCACGAGCGCGGCGGCCACCACGUCGAGUUCACCGAGGAGGAGCUCAACAGCGCCAUGCAGAACCAAGCGCCCGGAACCUCCAACCUCUCCAUCCUCUCCUUCAAGACGGCCUUCCACGGCCGACUCUUUGGCACGCUGUCGACGACGCGGUCCAAGCCCAUCCACAAGGUCGACAUCCCCGCCUUCGACUGGCCCCAGGCCACCUUCCCCCAGCUGAAGUACCCGCUCGAGAAGCACGUCGAGGAGAACCGAGCCGCCGAGCAGGCGUCGCUGGACGAGGUUGAACACCUCAUCAAGACGUACCAUAACCCCCCCGCGGCCGUCAUCGUCGAGCCCAUCCAAUCCGAGGGCGGCGAUAAUCACGCUUCUCCCGAUUUCUUCCGCAAGCUCCGCGCGCUGACGCGCAAGCACAACGUGCUCCUCAUCGUCGACGAGGUGCAGACCGGCGUCGGCGCCACGGGCAAGUUCUGGGCCCACGAGCACUGGGACCUCCCCGAGCCCCCGGACAUGGUCACCUUCUCCAAGAAGGCCCAGACUGCCGGCUACUACUUCGGCAACCCCGAGCUCCGCCCCAACAAGCCCUACCGCCAGUUCAACACCUGGAUGGGCGACCCGGCCCGCGCCAUUAUCUUCCGCGCCAUCAUCGAGGAGAUCGAGCGUCUCGAUCUCGUCGCCCACACCGCCCGCGUCGGCAACUACCUCUACGGCAAGCUCGAGGCUCUAGCCGCCAAGUACCCCGGCCAGUUCGAGAACCUCCGCGGCAAGGACCGCGGCACGUUCAUCGCCUUCGAUAACCCCAGGCGCGACGAGUUCCUGGUAAGGGCGAAGAAGUUUGGCAUUAAUAUUGGUGGGUCGGGUAAGGAGGCUAUUCGGUUGAGGCCGAUGUUGACGUUCCAGGAGAGGCAUGCGGAUUUGCUUGUUGAUGCUUUGGAGAAGAUUGUUUUGUCUUUCAAGGAGUAA